UGAAGGUCCGAUUGAUGUAAAGGGAUAAUCCCUCCCCCCUACUGCGACAGUCUACGCCUAAGUUCUCUGUCAGUGGGCUAGCUUCCCAGCGACUCGCCAAGUUAUAUGUCAGGAUGCUCUCUUGCGGAAAACUAGCCCUAAUCCUCCUUGCCGCCAGCUUGCAGGAGGCUGUGGCUUCCCUCUCAUCGGGCUGCGGCAAAGCUGUAGGCACCAGCAGUGGCACCAAAUCCAUGACAGUGAACGGCAAGACGCGGCAGUACAUCCUGCAGCUUCCGGCCAACUACAAUGCCAGCACCGGUUACAAGCUCAUUUUUGGGUACCACUGGCUUGGUGGAACCAUGAAUAAUGUUGCCCCCGGCUACUAUGGCCUACGGGAUCUAGCACGGGAGACGGCUAUCUUCGUCGCGCCACAGGGCCUGAAUAACGGCUGGGCAAAUAGCGGAGGAGAGGACCUCAUAUUCACCGACCAGAUGCUGGAUUAUAUCACUUCCAACGCCUGUGUCGACAAAGACCAGAUCUUCUCCACGGGAUGGAGUUAUGGCGGCGCUAUGACCUUCGAGCUGGCUUGCUCCCGUCCAAAUGUCUUCAAGGCCGUAGCCGUUAUCGCUGGGGCUCAGCUCAGCGGAUGCGACGGCGGUACCACGCCAAUCCCGUACCUCGGCAUCCACGGCGUGGUCGACAGCGUUCUCCCCAUCAGUCGUGGCCGAGACCUGCGCGACAAGUUCCUUCAGCUCAACGGCUGCGCCUCUAAGAACGCUCCCGAGCCGGCCGGCGGCUCCGGCACGCACAUCAAGACAACGUACGAUUGCAGACCCGGCUACCCGGUCUGGUGGAUUGCUCAUUCCGGUGAUCACGUCCCAGACCCCAAAGACGCCGGCCAGAGUCAAUCGUGGGCACCCGGAGAAACUUGGAGUUUCUUCACCCAGCCUGGCUUGAAAGGGCAGAGCGGCGGCGGCGGUGGCAGCAGCAGCAGUGUAACGACGACGUCCAAGGUAACCUUCACAACUUCCUCCACCACUCCAACAACGACAGCAGGUGGUGGUAGCUGCUCGGCCAGAUACGGCCAAUGUGGCGGUAUUGGAUGGUCGGGGCCAACAUGCUGCCAGUUGGGAACCACGUGUAAGUACUCGAAUGAUUGGUAUUCCCAGUGCCUUUAGAGAAUGAUGCAUCGCACUCUGGAGGUCAAAGUCAUAAAAAAUACCGUUGUGAGGGGUUAUCACCUUCUAAAUUGCUCAAAAUGAAGCGAGAAAAGGCUGGCUUGCCGUUAUUGAAUGGGUGAACGCUUGAGCAGAAGGUGGAGUUGUAUGCUGUUUUAACAAUACUAUCGGCUCCUACCAUCGUUUCCGCUGCGAAAAAAAAAAAAAAAAAAAACAUUU